AUGAUAGAGGAUACAAUGACUUUGCUGUCUCUGCUGGGUCGGAUCAUGCGUUACUUCUUGCUUAGACCGGAGACCCUGUUCCUGCUGUGCAUCAGCCUGGCCCUGUGGAGUUAUUUCUUCCACACGGAUGAGGUGAAAACCAUUGUUAAGUCCAGCAGGGAUGCGGUGAAGAUGGUGAAGGGCAAGGUGGCCGAGAUCAUGCAGAAUGACAGGCUCGGGGGGCUAGACGUGCUGGACGCAGAGUUCUCCAAGACCUGGGAGUUCAAGAGCCACAACGUGGCUGUCUACUCCAUCCAAGGCCGGAGGGAUCACAUGGAGGACAGGUUCGAAGUAAUCACUGACCUGGUGAACAAGACUCACCCCUCCAUCUUCGGGAUAUUUGAUGGGCACGGAGGAGAGUCGGCAGCAGAAUAUGUGAAGUCCCGCCUGCCUGAAGUCCUAAAACAACAUCUUCAAGACUAUGAGAAGGACAAGGAGAACAGUGUGCUGUCUUACCAAACCAUCCUGGAACAGCAGAUUUUAUCAAUUGAUCGAGAGAUGCUGGAAAAAUUGACCGUAACCUAUGAUGAAGCAGGUACAACUUGUUUGAUCGCACUGUUGUCGGAUAAAGAGCUCACAGUGGCCAACGUUGGCGAUUCGCGAGGAGUCUUGUGUGACAAGGAUGGGAAUGCUAUCCCCUUGUCACACGAUCAUAAGCCCUACCAACUGAAAGAGAGGAAGAGGAUUAAAAGAGCUGGUGGUUUUAUCAGCUUUAAUGGCUCCUGGCGCGUUCAGGGGAUCCUGGCCAUGUCCCGCUCCUUAGGAGAUUACCCUCUGAAGAACCUGAAUGUUGUCAUUCCCGACCCCGAUAUUCUUACCUUUGACCUGGACAAACUGCAGCCAGAGUUCAUGAUCUUGGCGUCGGAUGGUCUGUGGGAUGCUUUCAGCAACGAGGAAGCUGUCCGAUUCAUCAAGGAACGCUUGGAUGAACCACACUUCGGUGCAAAGAGUAUAGUUCUACAGUCCUUUUACAGAGGCUGUCCUGAUAAUAUAACAGUGAUGGUGGUGAAGUUCAGGAAUAGCAGCAAAACGGAAGAACAGUAAUUACCAGUGGUUCUCUGCCUCACUCUGAACUUAAAACAAACUCUUACAUUUUAAACGU